AUGUCUAUAAGACCCAGCAAGUUUGAAGAGCAACCGGAAACGUCAUUCGAGGACAUGGAUACGACAUUUGCGAAAGACCUUGCAAGAAACAUUCAACCAAAAAGCCGAAGCUCUCCUGUGUCCCGACAAGCUCCUGCAGCAAUUCCCACUCCCUCGGUAUCCACAACGAGCUCUGAAGGGACUACAUUUUCACGCUCUGGAGAGAGAUACCUUGGUGAUAACAGGACGGAAGAGGAGGAAGAGGACGAUGACGUUGAUGAAGAGUUCCUGAAUGAUUUUCAAGAGUUUCAGAACAGAAAAGAUGACUUUGACGAUGCUUUAAGGACAUUCUUGACGCUGCGGGGCAGAUCGUCAUCGUCUGCAGGUGCCAGGCAGAAGGAUUAUGGCUCAGAUACAAACGACCUGACCGCUAUGUUCAGCAAGAGAUUGAGCAUUGGAAGACCGACGGCUCUUAGACAGCCAAGAUCUAUGAUGGAACUGAAAUCGAGGCCGGCGAGCUCCGGCAUAUCGCCACAGAUGCCGAACAGUUUGUCUGCUGGAGAUCUCAGGGUACAAUCCAAUAACACCGUGAGAUUCAAGAAGUCAAUGCCCUCGUUAUCCAACUACAAUCACACGAUAGAUGAGGAGGAGGAAGAGGAAGAAGAAGAGGACGAGGAGGAUCAGGAAAGGACGCUAAGGCGCAAUGGAAAGAAAUCGCUUUCAAACUGGCGGAGACAUCAAAAGCCGUACUUGAACGAAUUCAUGGAAGGAGACGAGGAAGAAGAAGACGCUGACAAGGACUUUAUAUUUGAUGAGAAUUUGAUACAACCCCAGUUUCUGAAUAAGACGUCCGAGGCGUCACCUUUGAAGCUAUCGCCGUCACAGUACGAGAUAGUCAGGGAUGAUGCGUUGUUGACACCGCGUUUGCACAAGAGACAUCGAGACUGGAAUGCCCUAGAACAACUAGAUUCGUUCAAAGAGUCUGCACCUAUUGUAUCUCGCCGUCGCCCCGCAAAGAGCACAUCAGCAAGAUCUCGAAUCAAAAUCAUCAAGCAGGAGAUUGAUCACAAUACACCAAUUAAGAAUGGUCGAAUGUACUACAAUCCAAAGACCAUGAAAUGGGAGGGAAAUGAACAGGUCCUCGAUAAAUUUAGCAAGUUAGACUCCAUCGACAAGAAACCGCUGCUGAUAAAAACAAAAUCGCAAACAACUAACACAACUCGGCAGGAAUCCUUUGGCAAAUUGUCAACUGCAAAGCCCAAGGCAUCAAAAAGAAUUAGGAACCCACGAAUAGUAGGAAAGAUGAUGUUCGAUGACGAAAACCUGCGAUGGAUCAAUAUCAAUGGCAACGAUGACGAGCAGGACCUUUUUGCUGGCAUAAAGGAUGUCAAGCCGGCCUUUUCCGGCUCACCUGUCUCAAGUUUGAAGGGCACAUCCCACGUUUCACCAUUCCUGAGAUCGCACUCUCAACUACUGCCGUCAACCGGAGACGAAUAUAUCAGCGACAGGUUAAACUCUACAAGAUAUCACUCUCUGGGAGCUACUAAUCGAGAUUCUAGCUCUGACCCGGUAUUCCAAAUGAGCUCGAAGCUUCUGGAGAAGUUCUGCCAUGAGGAGAAUCGUUGGAAUCGGAAAGUAGGCGCCUGGUUUCUACUGGGUAACAAGGAAGUGAAGUCUGGAGAAGUAACCAAGGAACAGAAUUCAAACAGUUACAUGUUCGAGAUAAGAAAUAUGGUGAUAAAUUCAACUAGAGCGUGA